AUGUCAGAUCAAGGGUCUCAUCGUAAGUUUCUUUGAUUAAUACUUUUUAUGUUUUGGCUUGUAAUCUGACUACUUUAUGUUGUUGUUAGUCAUAUUUGGUGUUUUUUCUUGAUUUUUUUAUAAAAUUUGAGCAAUUUCCUUCGGUUUUAGUAUCUCAGCAACUCGCACAGCUUCGUGUGGCUACUAAAGUGAGGAAUGAAGCCGAAUCCAUCUUGUCUCGACUUGGCGUAAGUGUUUUCUCUAUUUUUUGUUGUUUUAAGGGAUUGAAGGGUAAUAUUGAAGUACAAUAUGAGCGGACAUAUUUCAUAGAGUAAUGUUGAGAUAAUUUAAUUAUUUAUAAUGCACAUAAAUCCUUGAAAAUGAUAAUUUUUAUAAUGUUUUAUGCUAUUUUAGGUUGAUAAAGGUGAACCUAUUGUGGUUGAAAGACCACCUCACGAACAAACCGGCACCCGUGUGAAAGUUCGUACAAACAUGUUCAGCAUUAGAUUGAAUGGAUCGGACAAGGUUUACAGGUACGAUUUGACGGUGCAAGGAAUCUAUGGAAAUGAAGGAAGAACUAUCGAUUUCACUCGACGUUCUUCAUCGGAUGCCCUGGCUUGCGAUCGAAAACAAUGUUGCCGGAUUGCUUUUGAUCUGCUGUUGGAUCACGAACCUACUUAUCCGAGGAAGGAAUAUUGUGUGUACGAUUUGCAAGCUAUACUAUUUUCAUUGAAACAGAUUCCGAUUACUGUAAGUUUGAUUUGGUAAUAAUAUUGUUUUUUGUUAAAUUUAGGUGAUAAUACUACUUUUUCUCAUAUAAUAUUGAUGUUUUAUAAAAUAGUUUAUGUAAUAUAUAGGUAUUCAUUGAUCUGGUUGAUUUAGUUGAAUAUUAUCUUAGUUUCAAAGACUUUCUUUUCAGGGCCACGUUGUUGUUACUGUAGAGAUUCCAGAAGAACACUUGGAGACUUUCAGACCGUGUACUAGACUUCAGUUUUUGAUCAAAUGUGUGGAACAAUUCAAUUUAACGUUGCAUACCGACAUUGCCAAGCCGCCAGCUAACUUGGAGCUGCAAAAUUAUGAUCUUCAACAAUUUUUGGAGCUUUUGACUUCUCAGCAUGCAAUGGGAGCGAGUUUGGAGCACAUUACUUUUGAGUCUGGCAGAAGUUACUUGUUGGAUCCUUCAAGUUUUGGAUUUCAAGCUUCUGACUGUCCUGAUUUGACUAGAGGUGCUUACUUGGCAAUUGGUUGUCAGAAAAGUGUCCGAGUAGUACAAGGUCCGCCCGGUGGCAAGCAACCUGGUCCUAAAGCUGUUAUGGUGUUGGAGAGUAAGUUUUAAUGUUAAAGUUAAAUUUAGACUUUUAGCAUAGGGUAUCUUUUUUAAGGAAACUACACUUUUUAAGCAAUAAAAAAGUACAUUUUUAGGUAAGAAGACACCGUUUCACAAAAUGGAGCUUGUCAUUGAAAAGGUGUUGCAUGCUUUUCCGGAUUUCCUUACAUCAACCAAAGAAUCUGCUAGAAAGUCUGUCAAACAAUUGAUUCAAGGUUGGUUUUAAGAUUUUCUUAAUUUAAAUUUAAUUUUAAAGUUUUGUGUUAAAUUUAUUUUAAUAUUAAUGUUUUGUUUUAUUUUAUUUAGGGCUCUAUGUUAUCGCUAUUCAUGCUGAAAAGCAACUUCCAUUUCAAAUCAGAGAUUUGAAGAACAAUGCUAAUGAUACCAGGUUCAAUUUUGAAGGAAAAGAAACUUCUGUUUUCGAAUAUUUUAGAAUUAAAUACGAUAUUACACUUGAGUAAGUAAUAAAUAACAAUUUAGUCAUGUUAGCAUGUUUUAUAUCUUUAAUAUAAGGUGAUUAGAGCAGUUGUCGGCCUUUUUGUUUCUUUAAUUAAACUGUAAUUUUAGGUAUCCAACUGCACCACUGAUUGAAGUUAAGAGAAAGGGAAGUGAAAAGUCGGUAUUUUACCCAAUGGAGGUGCUUGAAGUAUGUGACAAUCAGCGUCUGACUUCAUCUCAACUGACUCCAGAUCAGACCGUGCAGAUCAUCAAGGCCAGUUCUGUUCCGCCUGCGAUUUUGGAUCGUCAGAUUCAAGCCAAUUGCAAAUCAUUGCAUCUGAACACAGACGAAACGCUGAAGAACGCUCAAAUUCAGAUUGUCGAAUCACCAAUUGAUGUGAGUUUUAGUGUUGCUAAAAGAUGGAUGUUAUAGUUAUUUUCGAUCAGUAACAGUUAUCUGUUUAUCUUUGUACUUAAGGAUUAAUUUUUAGAUCCAUGGUCAACUGUUAAAAGGCCCGAAGGUAGAGUACAACGGAAAGGUUCAAGUCGAACUGGAUGUCAAGAAGGGUUCAUGGGCUCACAAUCAGCGAGCAGGUGCGGCCAAGUACCUUAUACCUGCACGUGUCGGCACAUGGGCAAUUUACUUCUGUACUCGCAGCGAGAGAGAUCUCAGCGGUAAAGACAGAGAGUAGGUUAAAGUUUGGUUCAAAGUUUUUAAAACUAGCUUGAAUGUACUGUUACGUUUAUAUCUUGUUCAAAAUACUUAUUUCAGUACAUUCGUUCAAACGUUUAUCGGACAGUGCAGACGAAAGGGUAUGGAGGUGGGUCUUCCGGCUGAGUGUGGGUAUAUCGGCCCUCCGCAUGAUGAAGAAGAAGUUAGUUCGCUGAGAAAUCGCUUCACUCAAGCCAAGGGACAUGCCAACUUUAUCAUGGUGGUGACAGACAAAAGCGAUCUGUUUGUUCACAAACAUCUGAAGCAACUUGAGCAAGAGUUUGAUAUUGUUACUCAAAAUGUGACCCUUGCUACCGCACGAAAUGCUUGCAACAAUGAGAAGAGCCGUCUGACAAUGGAGAACGUGGUCAACAAAACCAAUAUGAAGUGUGGUGGCCUCAACUACUCUAUUGUUUUGAAUUCGAAGUAGGUUGUGGCUUUUGUACUUUAAGAGAUUGUUAAUGUUUGGCUUUAUGAUUGCAAUGUUACUUUCAGCGAAGAGUUGGGAAAGAACGAUCUGUACGUCGGCUUUGGAAUGAACCAUCCUGGAGGAUUUGCAAGUAGCGAAGACAAGUCAAAAGGUCCACCAUCAGUUGUUGGUGUAAGUUUGCGUUUGUUCUAUUUUUAUGAGCCCCUUUAUUUACUGUAAUAAUAUGAAUAUUUACAGUACGCCGCAAAUGAUCUGAAGCAUCCCUGUGCCUUCUCUGGGGACUACCUCUACCAAGAAAGUCGUCGCGAUGAGAAGAUCUCCAUUAUUGACUCAAUUUUGAAGACUGUAGUGGAGCGAUACAACAAACACCGUGGAAAGAUGCCAGAACGCCUGUUCAUCUACCGUAAUGGCUGCUCUGAAGGACAGUUCACUUCUGUUUUGAAGUAUGAAAUUCCAAUUUUGAAGGAGACUUUGAGACGACUUGACUGUGCUGCGAAAGUGACGAUGAUUGUGCCCAAUCGUCAACACAACAUCCGUUUCUAUCCUCCGGAUUCCAACCCUUCUGCCCGGCCAUGGGACCAGAACCUGAUGCCUGGAACUUGUAUAGACCAAGUUGUCGUUCACCCUACUUUCUUCGAGUUCUACUGUUUGAGUCACCAAGCUAGACAGGUCAGUUUAUAUUAUUUAAUUUUAAAACUUUUUAUUUGUCUUUUGUAAAUUAGGGUUUCAUUUUAGGGUACCGCGAAAGCCCCAAGAUACACCGUCAUCUACGAUGAGAACAAAUUGUCGUUGGGAGAUGCAGAGAACCUCACUUUUGCCUUGUGCUACGGGCAUCAAAUUGUUUCGUGUACGGUUGGCCUGCCUGCUCCAUGCUACAUUGCUGAUUGUUAUGCCGAGAGAGGAAGAAACGUGUACAAUGCUCACUUGCAAGGACGGGGAUUGCACGAUGUUGCUCAGAUGCAGUUAGAGGACUUGACCGAGAAUUUGUCUUAUGCAGAGAAAGUCAUUCGAGACCAGAGAUUUAACGCUUGA